GCUAGCAUCAUCUAUUAUCCUUACACCCUUGGUUUUCUUGUCUGGCCUGAUAGGUUCAGCUGCUAACAUUACACAAAUGACUCUCAUUAAUCUCUCCAAUUCCAAACUUACCACACCAACUUCCCAUUAGAUAUUUCUGCAUUUCCACACUGAGCAUGUCUAAAACAGAAUCUUUUCCAAGAACAUAUCAUGUCUUCAAGUUUUUCAUAAAGGGCAGCUCUGUCUCUCAGAUAUCCAGGUUUGUAAACUUAAAUUCAUUUAUAUUUUUUCCCAUUUUCUCAAACUCCAUAUUGAAUUGCUGUCUUGUCAUUGUACCUUAUUGACCUCUCUCAUACUCAACUCCCUCUUUCUAUUCAAAUUGCUAUUAAUCCAGGACUUCAUCAUCUCCUAUUGGGUUAUUGUAAUAACCCUUCUAAUUGGCCUUCCUGAUUUCAGGCUCUCCUUUCUUCAGACUGCUCCCAAAAUAAUCUUUAGUUCAAAAAAGUACUGUGCCUUAGAAAUCUGUCCUGCUCUGACAUUCUAGGAAUCUACAUCUAAAGCUAAUAGAUUCAUCUACCUUCCUGUAUGUUACUAAUUCCACCAUUUUUAAAGUCAAGGUUGAAACUUUGGUGUUUUUGUUUCCUUUCUCAUCUGCUUCUAGGCACCAAAUCUUGUCCAUUCUGUCUUCAAAAUACCUCCAGCAAAUAGCCCCUGCUUAUUAUUGUGGGUGAGGUAAGGAGAGAUUUUGACAUGUACAUAGAUACAUUUAUUCAAAUUAAUUUCAAGGAGGAAAGAACACAAACAAUUGAGGGCCAGGGGGUUAAAAAAAACCUUUUGAAAGAGGUAGCAUUGGAAAUGAAUUCCAAACAAAGGGAACUACCUAUUCUAAGGCACAGAGAAAGCAGAAUAUGGCCGGGGUUUGACAGGGUUGUAACUUUUGGCUCACUUAUCAGGGGUGCUCCAAAUGCUCCAUCUCUUUCACAGUUGCAUACUUUCCUGACAUGUUUUAAGUUGUCUGGUUAGUAUAUGAAGACCUAAGCUCAAGAACCCCUUUAUUAUCAACCUUAGGUAGCCUUCCACCCCUACCUCAGAAGGACUGUUUUGGUAUGCCUGCUAAUUUGGUGUCUUUGACCAUUCCUAAUCCUCUUGAUUAAGAAUUAGAGAAAGAAAAAACCUAUAAUGUUCAGGCUAGCUCUCUGGAGGUCCUCCAAAUGGGCUUUGGUUUCAGCAGAAUAAUCACCACAAGAAUAGUCAGGAAUAAAGUCCAAAGUUUUUAUUAUCUCCUUCACAAUCUGUCUCCUUCACCUGAGGCCAGGCUAGUUUUUUUUGGGGACCUUCAAAUGGGCCUUGGUCUCAGUGGAGGAAUGUAGGAGGCAGGAGAGCCUCAGGAUGGUGGAAGAUGGAAUGUCUCUCUUCCAGUCCUUGUUGGCUCAUAUACCUUAUUGUAAUUACAUCAUUACAGCAUGCUGAUUAUGUGUGAACAUAAGAGAACCAUUACAUCACCAUGCUAAGUACCAAGUAUAUAUGUAAACUAGAUAACCAUUGUCUCAUCAAUUCAUCUGAAUUACCACUUUGUUUCAAGUGUACUUCUCCAGAAUUCUGGCUCUGGAGAAACAAGUCUGGCCAUUUUAUUUUUUAUGGCUCACGUUAUGAUCAAAUCUCUCUCUCUACUUUCUACUUGAGGACCAUCCUGAUGGGAUCCCUUACUCACCAGAGCUAUUUCUGGUUGUGAAUAUAUGGUAAAUAAACUGGUUUUUUCCUAGCUUCCUUCCUCUGCAUUUCUUGACUCUCUCUGCCUCAUGGGUAUUUCUCUUGCAGUUCCCUUACCCCUUGACCUCACAAGCAGAGUUUGUAAGGGAGGGACAAACCACAUCAUUUUCUUAACUUUUUAUAGCUUCUAGGAUAAAAUAAAAACUUUUGGACAGGCAUUUAAGGUCUUCCCUAAUCUGUCUCUAACCUACCCUGACAUUAUUUCAUAUUCUUCCCCUUCAUGUCCCAAUCUGUUUUAAAGUGAAUUAAUAACUCUUCUCCAAUUUGGCAUUUCAUAUCCAUCUCUCACCUGGAUUGUACUCUCUUCUUAUUUCAACCUCUCAAAAUAAUAAUCUUCUAAACUAAGUUAUCUCCUCAGAUAUCACCUCCUUCAGAAGCCUGCCUUAUUACUAUAGACUCAAGUUGUUUCCCCCCUCCUCUUAUACAUGUUGAGGAGGGUGGUGAUGGAAGUUUUAAAUUUUAUUUUGUCUUUUAUAUGCUCAAGACCUAGUAAAUAAAUACAGUAAAUAAUAACAUUUAUUGAAGUGAGUCUGAGGCAUGUCCUUGUGAAUUCUAUUUCCACAAAAAUUUUUUUUUUUACAUCUAUGCCCUCUUUUCCAUUUUUACUGCAACCACCUCCUUCUGAUGCUCACUAUCUCUUAUAACUUCAAUUCAGUUGUGUUACCACUGUUAAGAAUAAUCAUCAGAUGCUCAGGUCUAAUCAUGUCAUUCCUCUUCUCAAAAACCUCUAGUGAUUCCCUAAAGGUUACUACAUAAAGUCUAGCCUUUUUUUUUUUUUUUUUUGGGUGCAGCCAUAAUAGUUCUUAGAUAAACAAUUAUUUCUUUUCUUUCUUUUUUUUUUAAUAGCUUUUUGUUUGCAAGUUAUAUGCAUGGUUAAUUUUACAGCAUUAACAAUUGCCAAACCUUUUGUUCCAAUUUUUCUCCUCCUUCCCCCCACCCCCUCUCCUAGAUGGCAGGAUGACCAAUACAUGUUAAAUAUAUUAAAGCAUAAAUUAAAUACAAAAUAAGUUUACAUGUCCAAACUGUUAUUUUGCUGUACAAAAAGAGUCGGACUGUGAAAUACUGUACAAUUAGCCUGUGAAGGAAAUAAAAAAAGCAGGCAGGCAAAAAUAUAGGGAUUGGGAAUUCAAUGUAAUGGUUCUUAGUCAUCUCCCAGAGUUCUUUCGCUGGGUGUAACUGGUUCAGUUCAUUACUGCUCCAUUGGAACUGAUUUGGUUCAUCUCAUUGCUGAAGAUGGCCAGGUCCAUCAGAGCUGAUCAUCAUAUAGUAUUGUCGUUGAAGUAUAUAAUGAUCUCCUGGUUCUGCUCAUUUCAUUCAGCAUCAGUUCGUGUAAGUCUCUCCAGGCCUUUCUAAAAUCAUCCUGUUGGUCAUUUCUUACUGAACAAUAAUAUUCCAUAAUAUUCCAUAAUAUUCAUAUACCACAAUUUAUUCAGCCAUUCUCCAAUUGAUGGGCAUCUACUCAGUUUCCAGUUUCUGGCCACUACAAAGAGGACUGCCACAAACAUUCUUGCACAUACAGGACCUUUUCCCUUCUUUAAUAUCUCAUUGGGAUAUAAGCCCAGUAGUAACACUGCUGGAUCAAAGGGUAUGCACAGUUUGAUAACUUUCUGAGCACAGCUCCAAAUCGCUCUCCAGAAUGGCUGGAUAUAUUCACAAUUCCACCAACAAUGUGUUAAUGUCCCUGUUUUCCCACAUCCCCUCCAACAUUCCACAUUAUCUUUCCCUGUCAUUCUAGCCAGUCUGACAGGUGUGUAGUGGUAUCUCAAAGUUGUCUUAAUUUGUAUUUCUCUGAUUAAUAAUGACUUGGAGCAUCUUUUCCUAUGGCUAAGUCUAGCCUUCUUAAACUGGUAUUUAAAUCCUGUUCAGUCUGAUUCCAAUUUACUUUUCCACCCUUAUCUUACUCUAUUCCCCUUCCUAUAGUCUACAUUCCAUCCCAAUUCCUUGAAACUGCUACAGUUUCUUGUCUUAUUACAUUUUUGCUUAUUGUAUUUCUUUGGCCUGAAAUGUCAUUUCUCUGCAUCUCUCCAAUUGAAACCCAUAGAAACUGACCUGAAAAGCCAACUUCUUCAUGGCAAUCUUUUCCUUGUCUGAAUUCUCAUAUUUGUAUCUUCCAUUUUCACACUCAACCUUGAUUCCAGUUGUAUAUAUUUGAGUCACAUCUCCCCUGACAUAUUUAUGUCCCACUACACUCCCCUCCAACACAACACUUGCACAUAGUAAGUGCUCAGUAAAUGAGAAUCAAUGUAAUAGAAUGCAAAUGGGUAGGGCAGCUAGAUGGCUCAGUGCAGAGAGCUCCUGCACUAGAGUCAGGAGGAUCUGAAUUUAAAAUUGACCUCAGACAUUUAACACUUACUAGUUGAGUGGCUCUGGGUAAGUCACUUAACUCCAAUUUCCUGGCAAAAGAAAAAAAAGGGCUAUGAAAAUGGAGACAAAAUCUAAAAUCCUAGGAACUUUUUUUUUUUUUUUUUUGGCGGAGGCAAUCUGAAUUAAGUGACUUGUGCAAGAUCACACAGCUAGGAAGUGUUAAGUGUCUUGAGAUCAGAUUUGAACUCAGGUGCUCCUGAAUUCAGGGCUGGUCCUAGAAACAUUUUAAAGACAGAAUGGACAAGACUUCCACUUGAAGGUGGAAGGGAAAGAGGAAGAAAAAAUACCAAGAUUGCAAACAAGUUUAACCUUGAAAUGGAAGAAUCCAUAAUAGCCUAAAAAGGAAGAUGAAUAUCUUGACUUUAGAUGUAUCCAAUAAACCAAUAAGUAUUUAUUAAACAGCUAUUAUGUGCCAGACACAUCUAAAGGCUGGAAAUAUGGAUACAAAAAAAAGAAACAAUUCCUACUCUGAAGAUUCUCGAUUUGCAUGAGGGAGAUUACAACAUAUACAUAUAUGAAAGAAAUUGGGUAUCUGGUAUUCCUUCUUCUCCCUCUCCCUCUAGUCACAGUUAACAUUGAGGGAUGUUAUCACAGGUUAAUCACAGAGGUGUUAAUGAGAUAACAUGAUGUUCACACCUGUGAGAACACUUUCUGUGAUGCAAUUAAAGGGAACCUGGCCAUUGGAUGAGCAAGAUGAGGUGAUGUAUCAAAUGAGAUAAUAUUUGUAAAAAAGAAAUUAGCUAAUACCUGUAAUAAUAAUAAACAUUUGCAUAUGCCUCCUAUGCACUAUUCUAAACUUUAUUUCAUUUGAUCCUAACAACUGGUUUGGGAAGUAGGUACUAUUAUUAUCCCCAUUUUAAAGUUGAAGAAACUGAGGCAAAUGGAAGUUAACUUGCCCAGGGUCACACAACUAGUCAUAUAUAUAGGCCAGAUUGGAGCUCAAAUUUUUUUGACUCCAGGGCUUUACUUGCUUAGUACAAUGCCCGACACAAACAUACUAGACAACAUAUGAAAGCUCAUCCCCCCUCCCCUUCCCUACACGAAUCUAUUGAAUAAAUACAAUUUAAAUGCAGUUAUUAAAUAAUAAAGUUGUCAAUAAGGAAGGGCACUAGCAAUUGGGGAGGUCAGAAAAAAGUGGUACCUGAGCCAAUAGAAUUCUAUGUAGAUUCAGAAUAUCAGAACUGGCAGGGUCUUCAAUGACAAUCUGCCUAAUUUAUUUUAUAGAAGAGAUCACUGAAGCCCAGGGAGAAGAAACAGUUUGACCACAUACACCUAGUUAGAGCCUGGGUUCCAAAUUUCCUUUCAGAUCUUCUACACUACCUCCUUUGAGUUUUUAAUAAAGAUGUACAACCUAAGGUAGUCUGUAGGAUAGGGAAAAAUAUGGUCUCACAUUGUGUGAGCUAAAGACCAGCAGAUAUGGGUGUGGAAAACGUACAUAGUAGGUGGUUGAUAAAUAUUGAUUGAUUCACUCUUAAGCGCUAUGUGAGAAUUAGAAAGGGAAUCAAAAUGCAUGAAAUGGCUUCAGAGGUCAUAGUUCCUGUAUUUACCAGUAGGGGGCGCUGCAGUCAUGUGAUGGAAGUGUACAUACAGUGUGACGACUCCUCCAAACCACAGUAACUUUUUCCAGAAAACUCACUCCCUUUUCUGCAUAUCAGUAUCCCGCCCUCCAUUUUAGGGUUGGUCAAUUUGCAUAUCGACAUCCAACACCCUAAGGUUGGCUAAUUAGCAUAAGUGGGCUCUCUAUAAGCCGCCACCUCCAACCCAGUACCGGGGGAAGGAAGGGGUAUCAUUUUCCUGCAGAAGAAACUGGCCCCGACCCUUUCAUUGCCCCUUUUACAAACCUGGCUCUUCUCAUCCGAAGCAGAGAGCAUGUGCUAAAUAAAUACAACUUGACUGAUUCAUGUCUCAAAUUUGUGUUUCUCCCCCUCCUUCCGCCUCUCCACUACUAGAAUGACUCACUGAGCAUGAACCAAGGUGCCUGUAGGCGCUACCAAAACAAGUCACCUCCAGAUGUCUGCGGCUCAGUUGCUUGAGUGGUCACUAGAUCUCACAGCAUCACAGAUUUAGAGCAGAAGAAGAAAGAGAUAGGCUGCGGGCAGGGAGAGCCUGUCUUUCAGUCUAGUCCUUCGUCCUUUCACUUUUCCGACCUCUCUCCCUUCCGUUUCCAUUCUCGCAGUUGGUGGAGAAGAUCCGGAAAGAAGGGGAAGGGUGGGAAGGGUGGGAAGGGACUCAAAGCAAGCAGCUGCGUGUCCUCUCUUUUCCCACCCUGCCCGGAGGGCCGGCACUAGUGUUCUGGCCUAGCCAAAAAUGUAGGCGGUAGAGCAGUUCGAGGGCUCGGUCGGAUCUGAAUAUAGUUUACCCCUCCCGAACCCUCCUGGGAUUCCCGGCAAACCUGGAAUUCGGGGCUGCCUAUUAAGACACUCCUCGAGGGACAUUGACAUCCCACUGAUAACACCCCCUCCAUGGCAGGUUAUUUACCCCCCAAAGGCUAUGCCCCAUCACCCCCAUACCCAGUGACCCAGUCUACCUCAUAUUCCAAUCCUGCACCUGCCCCAGGCCACAUUGUCAACCUCUUCCCUUCCCCUGGUCCUGUGGCCCCCUUGGAACCAGAACCAGUUACUGUUCCCUUUCUGCAGUUGCCUGGAGUCCCUUCUGGCCUGGAAUUCCUUAUACAGAUUGAUCAGAUCCUGAUUCAUCAGAAGAUUGAGCGGGUGAAGGCAUUUUUUGGCUGGGAUAUCUGUAACCGAUAUGAGCUACAUUCUGGAGCAGGGAUACUACUGGGCCAAGCAGUUGAGGAAAGCAGCUGCUGUGCCCGUCUCUGCUGUGGGGCUCGCCGGCCCAUGCGUAUCCGUGUGGCUGAUCCCAGGAAUCGGGAGGUCCUGCACUUAAUCCGACCUCUGCAUUGUGGGUCCUGCUGCUGUCCCUGUUGCCUUCAGGAGCUGGAAGUACAAGCUCCCCCUGGCACAACUGUUGGGCAUGUACUACAGACUUGGCAUCCCUUCCUGCCCAAGUUCUCAAUUCAGGAUGCAGAUCGCCAGACACUGCUUCGAGUUGUGGGGCCAUGCUGUGCCUGUGGUUGUGGCAAUGACACCAACUUUGAGGUGAAGACCAAGGAUGAAUCUCGGAGUGUGGGUCGGAUCAGUAAACAGUGGGGAGGCAUUGUGCCAGAGGCCCUCACUGAUGCAGACCAGUUUGGCCUCCAGUUCCCCCUGGACCUUGAUGUUCGAUUGAAGGCUGUGCUGCUGGGGGCAGCCUUUCUCAUUGUCAGAGAGAGUUGCUUCCCAACAUUACUUUUAGCCAAGACAACUAUGACCAUGUUCACACCAAGUCUCAAGAGAAAUCUUCCGUGAUCCAAAGUUAGAAGACUAUGCCCACAUAAAAUAAAGGUAUUUACAACUACCCUUUUUGACCCCUGCCUAUAAGCCAAGAUGCCUUCUCUCAUGAUCCAGUUGAAGAUGACAGCACCAAAAGCUUCUUGAAUUGAAUGAUCUCUAGUGUUCCACAUAUUUCAGUAGGUAUGCCACAUAUUUCAGUUUGAAUUUUACAGUAGGGUAGGGGAAACAAGGCUCCUGUGGAUGGAGUAUGCUAAAGCAUCAAGUUCUUGCUUCUUAGGUAGGGGUUGUUGCAAACUAAGCAGAGCCAAAUGAAUGUGCCUUAGUCUUAGAAUUUAGAGGUUUUUAAAAAAGAAGAAUUUAGAGAUAGAAGAAGUCUUUGAGCUUCUAUUGUUUCAAAAAUGAGGAGUGAAAGUGAAAAGUGAAGUGAAGACUUAUAAGAAAUCAAAUAGUUAACAGCAAAUCUGGGAUUUCAACCCAAAUCUUCUGAUUCCCAAUCUUGUGCACUUCCUAUUUUUGCAUAUCUUAUACUUGCCAUUCUCAGGCAGGUUCUAGGGUACCAAGUCUGCUCCCUUAAAUAACAAUCUAUCCUGGAUUGCAGUAAGAGAGGAAAGAAAAAGGUCAACUCAGUAUCAUUAACAUUAUUAGUUCCAAGUGAAGCUCCCUUCCUAUGGGGAGGUUUCUGGUGUGUCAUACUUCAUCAAAGCUGGAAAAUGACGAUGAAGAUUUCAUCCUCUGACAGCAGUCCUGACCUAGUGGCUCAAGGUACAGAGAGGUUCCAUUGAUAACAUUCUAGGAUUUGCCAGCAGUUUACCCCUAGAGCAGCUGCUCAGAUGAAAGAAAAGUUAAAACCUACAAAGGACUUAAGAGUUGGAGGGAUGGGGAGCUGGAUCUCUCCAGAGAGUGGAGGGCAGGAAAGAGAAUCAGAGGUAUGCCUCAGGGGCCUUCAGUUUCAGGAAGAAGAAAGGUCAGAGAGAGAAUGAAGGACUUAAGUGAACAGAAACAAUGAAAACUUGGAUAACUUCCCUGAUUUCUGAGAAGAAUCUUGGAGGAUAGAGAAAGGCUGAAGUCUCAGAUUCCUGGGGGUUUGGGAGCUGAUAGAGACUGGUGUAGUUCUGAUUGUGGGCCAGACUUUAUCUUCAGGGUUCUAGAGAGCAGAAGUCAUAUUACCUGUCACUCUGAAUGUAUAGCUGCAUUUACAAGCAAUGAAAACAUCGGAUGUUUCUCCCCUGGCAGACUCAUAUGCUAUAUGUUGUCCUCUUUGCCCAUCAUUGCUACCUCAAAUUUUUUUUACCUCUGGGACCCAAAUCAGGGCAAAGUCUCACAUGGACUACAAGUACUUUUGUCUGGUCUCCUUGUGUCUCCUACAAGCUAACCAGAUAUAAGGGGAAGGAGAAGGGAGGGAGGGGAAAGGGACAGUGAGAGAAAGUGUGCUCUUACUAGCUCAAGAAUCUGUUGUUAAAUUUUCAAUGUGAGCUUUACAUCUUAGAAAUCAGGAGAUGUUAUAAACCAAGACUUGACUUAUUGUUUUCUUGAUUUUCUAUAUAUAAGAAAGCGAUGGAAAAAUGUUAAUAUGCAGAUUAGAUUUAAAUAUGUUAUGCACACAUUUUUGGAGGACUAAUUAAAUGUUUACUAACACA